CAUUAAGAAACUUUUCGAAAUUUGAGAAGAACGUUCGCUGCAUUGUCUUUGAUUUGUUCUCCUGCUGCAUAUUUGAUCAAAGAUCAUCGUCUUCAUCGUUGUACAGAAGAAAUUAUCAGAUUUCUAGAUCGUUUCCAGGUUCUGAGCUCCGAUACUGUAGAACCCCUCGAAUUUUCGAACGAUUGAGUCAAAUUUGUGGUCAAUUGAGUGUUAAAUUACGGAGCUAGUGAAUGCUUUACCUAUCGGGAUCCUAAGAAACAACCUCUAAGAAUGCUGCAAUGGAUGGGAGGAUCGAGGAGGAAAGUGACCGCUUCACACACGUCAGUGAGGAAGAGGCAAAAGCAAUACUUUGAGCAGAGGAGACAGCACCAGCAUCAGCAGCUCACAGUUGGGUCUGAGAGCUGUACUAAUGAUACAAACAAUAGUAAUCAACACCCAAGAGAACAACACUCUCUGGAUAUUCUGAAUUUGCACAACUUGUCAACCGCUACUCCUGAAUGCAAACCUGCUUGUCCAAAAGGUGGAAUGGAAGAUCUGGAUGCUGAUUUCUACAACUUGAAUGACAACACAUCCGGAGUAGGACUAGGAAGUUCAUUAAACCAUAAAGCAGAACCUACUUCCUCGAAGAGGACUUUAUUUAGUCUUCCUGACAACCAGACAAAAGAUUUCAAGAAAGCAAACACCACAAAAGAUCUGAUGGAUGAUUCACUGUCUUGUAAGAAUUCGUUUAGUCUUGCUGACAAACAGGCAAAUGAUCUCAAGAAAGCAAACACCACCCUCGAUCUGAUGGAUGGCACAGAGCGGAAGUUAUCUGUCUUUGAUCUGGUUGGUGAUGAUCAUACAACAACCAACCAGAAAGACUGUUCUCAGUCUGAGGCUCAUAUGGCAUUUUCAGUUGAAGGAUUAGGUCAAAUAAACACGAAAACUCCUGUUAAUUCUCCACAUCCAUCAGACAGAACCUUUGCGUACCGGUACUCCUCUCCAUGGAAGGAUACUGGUCAACAAGACACAUUGAAGGUCAGGGAAAGGCUCAACGACUUUGAGAAGGAAGUGGACACAAUUAUUGAAAGUAGCAAAAUGUUCCAAGAUGACAGCCGUUAUAGGUCCCCCAUUGCUAUACAUGCUGAAGAGGGGGAAAGAAAGCAAAAACUGCUCACGUUCAGUGAUCACUUUCAAAAUCAAUUUAGCGACUCAAGAAGUUACUUCUCUGAUGUUGCAGAUUACAACAACAGCAGGUUUUCAGAUGAUGAGUGGAAUGCUAAGUCUGCCUUUCUUGAUGACGGGGAAAAUGGUUUUUACUGGAAGGGUGAACAGCCAUGCGAAAAGGAAAGUUUGAACUCUGAUUUCUGGAAAUAUGGCAAGGAUUACACUGAGACUCGCUCUUCUGGAGAAUACCACAGGAAAAAGAAGAGGGAUUACCUGGAAUCAACCUGGAGGUCCAACAUUAGAGAUUCACCAACUCGAAGAUCACAUCUUCGAGAAAGGAAUAUCGAUCAUCCAAGUUUCACUAAGGCAGCUUAUUUCAAACCCCCUGACUUUGAUUUUGACAAUGACUUUGACCAACCGGUUUGGUCGUCCAUUGUACCUGAGGAAGAUAAAGACAGUCUUAGUUUGCGUAGCGAAGAAUCUUGCUCAUCUAGUGCAGUUUGGACCAGUGAAACCCAUGGUUCACAGUUUGAGGCUAAAGCAAGACAAAAGAAAAGGGAAACUAAUUCGUUUCGCAACCUUGGAGACACGAAGUAUCUGAAUAAUAACCUUUUCCAAGAAUCAUGUGAAGAUUGGGAUGUGGAUGAUCAACAUAUGAAGAGAAAAGUUGGGUCUGGAAAGCAGGUUAGACUAUCAAAUCCAGGGAAGUUAAAAUCUACCAGUCAGAGAGAAGGUGGUCAAGAUGCGUCUUACAAUUGGUUUGCAGAAGGAUUUACAUCUGCAGCCAUAAGUUCAGAUACUACAAGUGAGAGGGACAAGCCAUAUCCUUUUCUAAACCCUGAGCUUGGUAGCUCGCACUGGCGUCCAUCUCGUGCCCCUGAUUCUAUUCCGGAAACAUGGGUUCCCAAGUUUUCAGUAGGAGGCACUGGAGAUAAUGAUGAUGAAGACGACUAUGUAAACUGUUUAUCAGCAAACCGUAAAUCAAAACUAGCAGGAGACACAUGCGGUUUUGAGAAUGACACGUUAUCAGAGAACGAUAAUGAGCAAAGCAGAGAAGUGAAUGACCCAAAAAAUCAGGGAGAUGAGACCUCAUCAUCCAUUGCAAAGAGCCUCUCAGACGAAAAUGAAUGUAACCCGAACAAGGAAGUCACGGAAGCUAAGCAUCAAGGAAACAGAGGAGAAAAGACAAGUAGAGACUCGUUCCAACAAAUGAUAAUGCUGGAAAGACGCACACUUCAACUCGUUUGUUUUAACAAAGCAUUGCUCCUUGACUCUUUAAAAACUUAGGUACGUAUAUUCAUAUCCAAUCUUUGGUUCUAGCUAUCACCAAAUCUGAAUUCCAAAUUCCAUCUGCUUCAUGGGCUUAUAUAAAGAAAUGUUACCAUUCUUGGUAUAUAAUUUUCAUUGAGCAUGCACACAGAUAUAAAAAAUCAACCAUAUCAUGUUGUCCAUAUA